AUGACACGAGCAGAUGGCUCACACCUUGUCCGUGGCGAGAGAGAGCCUCGUAAACCCCCCCCUCGAAAUUCUUGGAAUGGCUCUCGAAAGCACUGGAGAUCGCCUGAGCCUUUCGCUACUCAGAGUCGGAGUCAAACUUCUCCAGUUUUCAAACGUCCGGCCUUGACACAGCACUCUCCAAGACUUGAUGGUCAGAUGUCUCGGGGCCAGGGAGACGGCCACUUGUUGCAGCAGCUUCAUUUGCCCCAAGAACCCAGCUCCGAUCCCUAUGCCGGCGAGCCCCCAAGCAAUCACCCCUUCGCAGCGGCGUUGCGAGCCAGCUAUAAUUCGCCGAGUACGGAUCAAUCGCCCGGUACGCAGUCGUUCACGUCACGGCAGAGCAUUACUGCCACGACAUAUGAAGGCGUUGUUGUGAUCGAACCGGUCGCGGAUCCCCAAAAGUGCAAGUACGUAGGCAAAACGUCGACUCAAGUAUUGGCCAAGUCAGCAGAUCAGUACUCAAAGCCCGAAGGCUUCUUCCUGAAGGUCAUGGACUUUUUCUGUCCCUUACUGAGCCACUCGGAGGAGGUUGACACGAUGCACCGGCCAAAGCAUCAGCCUUUAGUGGAUAAGGCAACAGGACUGCGAUGUAUCGAUGCAUUCUUCUCAAGCAUACACCGCAUCCUACCAUUUCUCGACGAGCUCCAUGUCCGCAAGAUGGUAGACGACUUUUACGAUCACGGCAUCGUACACGAACAGGUCAAUGUGUGUUGUAUUUACCUUUUGAUAGCCAUCGGCGCACGAAGUUUCAGCGGUAGCGAUGCCGAGCAAAUUUCGACCACCCACUUUGCGGCCAGCUGGUCAAUGCACGACAUUAUUCUGGCCGCGCCAUACCUCGCUAGCGUGCAAUGUUUGAUCCUGAUGACCAUCGAACUAACCAACCAGAACAAAGAAGGCCAGGCGAUUUUCGCCAUCGGCACAGCAGUUCGGAUUGCCCAAUCCCUGGGCCUGCAUCGACCUCUUUCUGCACACAAGGAAAUCAUCGAGCUGAGAUUCGUCCAGAAGAACUACCGGCUUAGGAGCUGCGUCUGGUGGACAUGCUACUGUCUGGACAAAAAACUAUGCUUCGAAUGUGGGCGGCCUUCCAUCAUCAACGAUACGGACUGCGACGUGGAGUCGAUAUCCUUAGAGGACGACGGUAACGUGACAGAAACAUCAGAGGCAGCGGUGUUCCCGUACCUGAUCCAGAUCUGUCGAAUUCUGUCGACAAUUAUGAGCCGCCUGUACGGCAGAAUGGCCGAGUCGAACGACGAGCUUAGCCUUCUCAGACAGAUCGAGGCCAUUGACAAAAUGCUGACUGACUGGAGGAGCAGUCUUCCGACCAUCUGGACUGCGGACCCGGACUUGAUGGGGGCAGAAGUGGACUCUCACUCACGCGACAGUGUGCUUCUGUAUUGCAUCUACUACAACGCGCUCCUUGUCAUUCAUCGAGCGGCACUAUUCGGCAAACUGCCAACAAUUGCCAAGGACUACCACAACGGGAGAAUUGCUUCUUCAGACGUGGUUUGCUUGAACUCGUCGCGGUCUCUUGCCAAGUACGUCAAUGUCUUGGUGAAUCACCGUGAAAACUGGGCGUUGUUAAGGUGGAUCACCCCUUACUGCUUGAACGUCAUCUUCACUCUGUACAUGGGCGUGGUGAGAGACCCGACCCACUGGAUGGUGGACGCGGACGUGGGGCUGAUGAGAAGCAUCACUCGCUGCUUUUCGGCCUCGUGUGCGCACAAGGUCGCCAUUCGACCCUUUGACGAGCUGUUUCGGACGCUGGAAGAAGCAAUGCAGACUUUGCGCGCUCGAAAACGCCACGCGCCCCUUUCGACGGCCGCCACCGCGGCUUCACUGUCCGAGAACCGGGACUUGACGAGCCCAGGAGGUUUGGAAGUCACUGGAGGGGGCUUACAGCAGAUGAGUGGCCCUGACGCAGCCGUCAACGAUCUGGAUGGUGGCAUCUUGCGGAACUCGACCGGACUCAAUUUUGACACUGAUUUUCAGUUCCAGGAUUUUUUCGACUUUGGGGUUGGUGGAGAAGGCUCUAGUGUAUUUCAGCUGUGGCCCUUGAGUUCAGUAGAUCAAAGUGGGUGA